AUGUUUGGCCGCAAGAAGAAGACGGAGGAAGGCGAGGGUGCCGCCCGCUCAGGCUCCGACCGCACCCUCACCAACGAGAACGAACCCUCCAAGGCCCAGAUCAAGCGAGCGACGCGCACCCGACUCUGCUGGGCCCUCCUCACCUCCCUCUUCCUCCUCAUCUCCGUCGUCUUCCUCAUCCUCGUCGAAGUCGGUGACACCAGAGUCGGCAAGAUCCGCAGUGCCAUCUACUUCAUCAAGCUCGACCUUUCCGACAUCAUCCCGGUCUCCGUCCCCAAUGCCGUCCUCAUCAACAGCAUCGCCCAGUCCCUCGGGCUGCACGACUUCUACACCGUCGGUCUGUGGAACUACUGCGAGGGAUACGAUGGACAAGGAACUACCGCUUGCUCUCCCACGCAGACGCUUUACUGGUUUAACCCGAUCGAGAUCAUUCAGAGUGAAUUGCUCGCAGGCGCAACCAGUAUGUUCCCACUCCAAGCGUCGCACAAGCUUCGCCCAAGCUUCUGAUGACAAGCCAAAGCCUCCAGCAUCAGGCUUGCAAGAUCUCAACAACCACGAAUGCUGACAUGAACUCUCUUCCCUCCCCCCAGUUGCCUUACCCGCCGAACUCAACAACAUCCUGGACCUCAUCCGCCUCGUGUCACACUGGAUGUUCGGCCUCUUCCUCGCGGCCGCCUGCGUCAACUUCCUCCUCAUCUUCAUCGUCCCCUUGUCCAUCUACUCCCGCUGGGCCACCUUCCCCAUCGCCAUCUUCACCUUUCUCGGCGCCCUCUUCGUGACGGUUGCCGCCGUCAUCGCGACCGUCAUGUUCAUCAUCAUGAAGGACGCCAUCACCUCGGCCACGCAACUGAACAUCGGCGCCGAGCUCGGCGUCGAGAUGUUUGCCUUCAUGUGGAUCGCUGCCAGCUCCGCGAUCCUGGCGUGGCUGAUUCAGAUGGGCAUGUGCUGUUGCUGUGCGAGCAGGAGAGACGUCCGGACGGGCCGGAAGAGGGGGAGCAAGAGAGCCUGGGGCACGGAGACGCCCGGUGUGAGUGAGAAGCCGGCGAAGAAGAAGAAGGGCCUCCCAGCCUUUGGCCGGACGAAGAGGGAGAAAUAG